AUGUGCAAGAAGUGUCUUAACUACACUCUUCCAGCAGCCCAAGAUGCAAACACCAAGUCCAAAGUCUGCCUUCAGUGCUACGAGCGGCGCAAGAACCUCCCAUCUAAUGCCGAAUUACAAGCUAGAGUCGACGCAUUAAAUGAUUUUGUCGUCAACCGAAGUACUUGUCUGAAAUCUACGACCGCAGACGACGCGAAGACUGCAGAGGAUGACGUUAAUGCUGCUAUGGCUCAGGCACUUGACGAGGCGCGACUGUCCACUCGCCAUGGGGAACCGGACGCAACGGCAAGUUCUGCUAAUGAUAGCCCAGUCUACUGUGUCAUGUGCGACAACUUAGCCAGUGUUGUGUGUCCGGCCUGUAUGGACGAAGAAUUUUGUGACUACUGUUUCAAAAAAGGCCACAAAUCCAAAUCAAUGAAACGCCACCAGGCGGUUACCAUUAAAAAAUCGUCAACAAACUGA